CCCUCCGUCACCGGCGAUCCUCCCUUCGUCACCGACGAUCCUCCCUCCGUCACCACCGCGCCUCCCAUCUCUGUUUAGGUUUACAGGUUUGGCUUGAUAGAAGAUCAAUCUUGUGAAGCUCUUGAAGUGGAUUUUGCUAACAAGUAUCUUGGAGGUGGUGCUCUUCACAGAGGUUGUGUACAGGUUUGCUUUCAUGGAAAAGAUGAACCCUUAUUCUGAUUAUCAAAUUAUUUGGUCAAUUAGAAUUGUUCAUGACUUGUACUACUAGCCUUGUUUUAUUCUCCUGCACAUGUUCAUGAAACCAGAUUUAAUUCAAUUUCACUUAUCCAUGAAAUAGCACUAAUUGAUUGUAGAGUUUAAGAAAAAUUUAAAAUAGGUUCAAAUCUUAGUCUCCAGAAAUGUAAAUUAUUUGGUGAAGAAUGGGAAAGUUUCUACAAAUUGGCUAUGUUUCAGUAAAGUAAAGCUAGUUUUACACUAUGUUUGGCAAGCUAGAAUAGAAAAGAAAAGAAAUAAUUUGUCAAGUUAAGAGAGAGAAGAAAAUAAGAGAAAAGAUUGUGUUUUUUUUUUAAACUACAUAAAAAAAUUUUUAAAAAAAGGCCCUCUUACAGCCAAUAUUACUAAAUAAACUUUGAUGUUUUUAUGCAUCACAACACUUCUUAGAAAACAAGGAACGAUUAUUGAGUACCAAGUGCUCUACUUUUGUAGGUCACAAAAUGUUUAUUGGUAGGAAACAAGAAAGGCUUAUUGAAUAUCAAGUGCUCUAGUUUUGUAGAUCACAAAUUAUGUAUUUCUCUUUCAAGGGCAUAGAACAUUCAUUUAUUUUUCUUAAUUUCUUAAUCUGGUUUCUUUGCCUCUUUAAUUUAUAUUGUAGUGUUUUAUUAUCUUCAUGAGAGAUUAGUUGUUAAUUCUAUGCUUCCAUGAUUGCAAUUUCUUUUACUUAGUUGGAUUAGUAUCUUCAAUGGUUAGUUUUCAUCCAAGUUUCAUUAUUUCAAAUUGAUAUUAUAUAUUACAGUGUGGUAAUUUCUUCCCUUGUUCUUUGUGAGACCUCAAACAGCAGGUCUAUUUGUUGUAAUACAAGCUUCUACAUGAUGUAAUAUAAGCUUCUAAUGGUUAGUUUUAAUGUUGUGUGCUUUCUUCCUAUUUUGGGGAUAUUUUUAUUUUUAUUUUUAAUUUCAAUUUUUGGGUAACUUAUCCCUUGCGGGUUGUGCUUGGGAUUAAUUAUUCUCUUUGCUACUUGUUGAAUUUUCUUCUGUGAUGCUGGACACAUGUUUUGGUUGUGUUAUUUUGUUGCUAUAGGAUGCUUUGUGUGUGGGUUGUGUAUGUAUGGGCUGCUGAAUUAAUGUUUAUUGAUGUUUUGCUACAAGAUGUUUAUUGAUAUUUAUUGAUUUAAAUGGAUGUUGCUACAGAUUUAUGGAUGUUGCUACAGAUUUAUUGGUGUUGCUACAGAUUUAUGGAUGUUGCUACAGAUUUAUUGAUGAUAGCUUCAUUUAUGGAUGUUGCUAUAGAAGAUGUUUUUUAAAUGGAUGUUUAUUGAUCUUAUUAAUUAAAAAAAUGAUAUUCCAACUGAUGGAUGUUGCUACAGAUUUAUGGAUGUUGCUACAGUUCUAAUUAAUUAAAAAAAUGAAACUAUUAGGGUUAAUAAAUUUCAAAAUUUAUACAUCCAAUAGUGAAGGGUGAUUGAGAAUGUUAAUUGAUGUUUAUAGAUUUUCACAUAUAUAAAAAAAAAAUAAAAAUCGGGGAUUAUCCGGGGUCGGGGAUCCCCGAUCCCCGAUCGGGGGCGGGGAUGGGGCCGGGAUAGGGGUCCCCGUCGGGGAUCGGGGACGGGGACGGGGGGAGUAUUACUUUUGGGGAUCGGGGACGGGGGGGUAGUCCCCGGCCCCGCCCUGCCCCGCCCCGUUGCCAUUCCUAGCUGGUCCCCUAUACCUAGAAUCACAGAAACAGUUAAACAAAAAGAAUGUGGUUUGUUAUCAGCAUGACCACAAUGAGUAUAAGCACCUUUUGAGAACUGCCAGAUGGUCCCCCACCGAGGGCCAUGCUAAAAGGAAAUUGGGCAGUACCAAAGCUCCAUGAAAUCAUCUUGGGAAACAAGCAAGGAACUCUAUAUAUAUUACAUAAACUUCAUAUUGAAGGUAACCGAUCCAAGCUGAACCCUACUUACUUACAAACUCAACUCUCUACACUUCUUCCCCGAUCACUGAUUCCCAUACCGGAGGGGUUAUCCGGCUAACCCCGGCCUGGUAGCUUUUACGGUGCUUCUUGCUGCAGGGACCUCAUUCCCUGGAUAGUCCAACCGAGUGUGGAGCCCUGAUCCACUUUCAUCUAGUGCGGUAUCCGGUACGCACAAUUGGUGCGGUGAGCGUGGAUCACUUUGUCUCUGAGCUUUGCACUCAGUUCCGGCGAUGGGGAUUGAGGACAUCCCACCUUCGGCACAUACUCCACAGACAGAGAAGACAAAGGACAAAGGCUUGGCACUUCCGACAGUCUUAGAAGAACAAAUUGGAAACAAUAACCGGACUCCUGAAUCUGUUGAGCAUCGAUUGCCCUUCGCUGGAAGUUCUUCUCAUCACUUUCUACUGGAAAAAGAUUACAGAGAUCGUAUCAUAGAUUCUAUGGGGAUGGAGAUACAAGAGCUAAAAGUGCAACUCAAAAGGGUGCUAGGCGAUCCAACGGAGAAGAGAACUGAAGCAGAGCCCUCUCGCUUACGACGGAGGAGCUUAUCUAGAGAACCACCAGUGAAGAAGUUUCCCAGAAAUGAGUCUGGGCAACAAAGCCAACCAAUCCCGGUACAGAGUGAAGCGGCGAGCAGCCACACUCGUGGGUCACGCCGGAGAAGGGCUAAGAGGUAGAAAACAGUUAGCCAACAGACUGAGUACCCUCCUUAAGACCUUCUUACUUGGCUAAUGGGCAACAAGUAGAACGAACAACGCCGAGAUCAUUUAGACCAUACCAUCCACCAGAGAGAGCACCGAGUGUUGGAUAGGCUUGUCUCCUCCCCAUUCUCCCCGGAAAUUGAGGCCAUGAGAUCCCCAAAGAAAUUCACCGCGCCAAAGUAUACGUCGUAUGAUGGGAAGUUAGACCCAUUGACGUAUAUUAGUCAUUAUAGACAGAUGAUGUCUCUAUGGAGCCGAGAUGAGGCACUGAUGUGCAAAGUCUUUCCAUCCAGCUUGGGGGAAACUGGACUUCGAUGGUUCGAUCGACUCCCAGCUGGAUCAAUUUAUAACUGGAAGCAGCUCUCUGAAAAGUUCUUAGCCAGGUUUGUCUCCAACACUAAGAUCCCGAAAGAGUCGGAUACACUGUUCGGUCUCCGAAAGGAACAGGAGGAAACACUGCGCAGUUAUGCUAGGAGGUAUUGGGAAGAAUACAAUGACUUAGAGGAAAACGUUUGCAGUGAGCAGAUGGCUGUUAUGUCCUUCAAAUAUGGACUGCGCUCGGAAAGUAAAUUGAGACAGUCACUUACCAAGCGCCCGCCUACAGCACUGAAAGAUUUACGUGCCAGGAUUGAGCAGUACGUUCGCCUCGAAGAUGACCAAAUCCCCAUCGAGGAAGCAUCUGUGGAACAAACAGCUCAGCACAAGAAGAAAGCAGACCAAGGAGAACACCAGGGACUCACAGUGAAUGAGGUAGAUAAGUCCAAGUCUCAUAAAACAGUCAUGACUGUAUUCAAGGAACCCAUCUAUCGUAUCCUAGAAAAGAUCAAGAGAGACCCCUUCUUUAUUUGGCCGCCGAAAAUGUUGAGAGAUUCCGCUCGGCAUAAUCAGAAGCUUAGAUGCACCUAUCACCAAGACAGGGGGCAUAUGACUCAGAAUUGUAGAGCACUGAAGCAAUACUUGGAAGACCUAGUAGCAACUGGACACCUCUGGGAUUACAUUGAUCAGCACUGAAGCAACACUUGGAAGACCUAGUAGCAGUUGGACACCUCUGGGAUUACAUUGAUCAGGAUAAAGCAGUGACCGAGCCCGGGAACCCACCACUAGAACCGAACACUGAGCACCCACCUCGGCUGAUAAUAAAUGUGAUCCAUGGAACAGCGACCCAGGAAUGUGAAGAGGUACUGAAAGAAGAGAUUGCAAAGGCUGUGCAAAUUUAGCAGGUCAUGUCAGUAAAGCCUGCAUCGAAAAAGGUACGCACGGCACCCAAAUUCCCCUUGUGCACAGUUUCAUUUACUAGAAAGGAUUUAGAAGGCAUACAGCACCCACAUACCGAUGCACUGAUUAUAACUAUGGGAGUUGGGAAACGGUUUAACGUAAAACGAGUCCUGGUAGAUCAAGGCAAUGCAACAGACAUAUUGUAUUAUGACUUGUUUAGAAAGCUUGGCCUCUUCAAGUAGCAUCUCACCCCAGCGGCAGCUCCGUUAGUUGGCUUUAAUUCACAGCCAGAAUGACCGCUUGGCAGAAUAGUGUUGCCAGUUGUGGUAGGAACGAAGACCCUCCAGACAGAGCUUCUAGUUAUUAAUACACCUUUCCCUUACAACGCCAUACUAGGCCGUCUAUGGAUUCACCAAAUGGAAGCGGUCCCUUUAACUUACUACCAGCUCAUCCGUUUCCCAACGGAACACGGAGUAG